CUGAGAAGGUUUGUGUGUGCAGUUUGUUCGCCCUCCGUGUCACCGCGGGACAACAAAGUGACACCGAAGCUCGAGCUGAAUGAACUUUUUGUGCCGUUUCCUGGACGAAGCUGUUACGGUGUGAAGCGGCGGAAGCCACGCGCGGCAUAAAGUCGCUGCUUCUGGCUCUGCGCAUCCACCAGGACCUACUUGUUUUUGAGCGGCGUGUUUUCGAUUUUUUUUUCCUCCCCUUUUUUAUUCCUUUAUUUAUUUAUUUUUACCCGGACCCACCCCCCCCAAAAAAUAUUUAUCUAUAGUUUUUUUUUUUUUUUUUUUUUUUUUUGGUCUUCGGGAGGGGGGAAAUGUCAGACGUUCGCCUCUCAAAUGGCAGCCCGACGCUGGAGCGAACCGAGCCGCGGCUGUCGGUGCAGCCGAAGCCCUCCGCCUGCAGGAGUCUGUUCGGCUCGCUGGACCACCAGGAGCUAAAGCGGGAUUUAAAGCAGCAUUUGCGGGAGCUGGAAGAGGCUGCGACCACCAAGUGGAGCUUCGACUUCGCCAAUCACAAGCCGCUGAGGAACGGCGGGCUGGAGUGGGAGCUGGUGGACUGCAGGGACGUGCCCGAGUUCUACAGCAGGCAGCCGCGCACGGACAAGGGCGUGCGCCUCGCCGGGAAUAACAGUGUGGAUCUAAACGGGAACCACAACUGCGUGGACGACCUGCAGAAGGAGGAGGAGGAGGAGGAGGAGGUGUGCGACGGCCCGGUGGAGUCGAAACAGCAGUGUGCCGGGCUGCGGAAAAGACCCGCGUGUCACGACCCUACGGCUCAGAAUAAGAGGUGCCACACCAGUUUGGAGGAGGUUUUGUAUCCAAACCUGACGCACUCCGCAGAGCGCACACCCAGGAAGCCCAGUCCAAAGAGGCAGACGUAAGGACGCGCAAAGAGCCCAAGAUGCUUUUCCAUGGGGAAGCCUCAGCGUUGGCCGAUUUUUGGAAGAGGAACUACACAGCAUCGGAAACAUAUCAACUCUCCUGAAGCCGAGGAGGGGGACGCUGUUGAAGCACUGAAUAGAAACACUAAAGUUUGUGGCACUCUAUUAUUAAAGUUACUGCCUCUAAAAGCAGUCAAUGUAGCAGUGUGCAAUUAGGUUGAAUUUCCCUUUUUGCUCUUUUUUUUUUUCCUCCUUAAACUACCUGUAUGUAAAUAAAUAUUAUUUCUCUCCAUAUGUAGCACAUAAGAAAACAUGAUUUGGAAACAAAUCCUUUUAUGUUAAAAAGGUGUGAAUUUUGAUUUGACUUGAAUUGCAGUGUAGUUUUGAUACAUGUUUCCAAAUGCUGUUUUUUUUUUUUUCCCCUGUAUUAUAUAAUCCUGAAAGGCAGUGUGACUUUACAUAGUCCUUAAAUGCUACAUGAAAAGAAAAAAAAAUGUAAAAAAUCAAGGUUUCUUCACAGUGCGUCUUCACUCCGUCGUCUUCCUGAUUCAGCAGUGAGAAUGGUACAGAUGUAGCCCCACCUCCCCCUUUUCAUGUUUUUUUUUUCUUCCUUCAUAUAAUCUGGUCAAUUCAGUUUUGUUACAUGCAUUUUCUUUUUCCCAGGAAAUCCACACGGAAAUGUUUUUUUUUUUUUUCUCUCCUGUUAUGAUGGAUGGUCCAAUAUUUAUUUUCUGUGAUUGGAGGUGCUUUGGCAUCAGUUCUGGAAUUAAUUUCACGUCACGUAACUGUGUCAUUCCCCGUGGAGUUGUGAGGUACUCUCAUGUUGAAGGACAAGAGCAGACAAACUGCACAGGGUGUGUUAAACCCUCCGACUGUGUUCUAAAUCUUUGACCAGUCUUAUGGCUCCAGAGAAGCAAACUUUUUUUUGUGUGCAAGUGGGUUGAAUGUGAUGCCAAAUCAAAUGCAUGGUCACUUUGCUUUGGUUUGCAGUUUUUUUUUUUUCUUUGUUUUUUGGUUUUGACUUCACAUUGUGUUACUUUGUGAUUGAGACAUUAGUUUUGUAUUUUCUUUUCUCUUUUUUUUUUUUCAUCCACUCGUGUUGUUGGCCUGCUGAGGAUGCUGAUGUGUCCACAAGCUUCCCUCUGAUUUUUCUUUUUCAAAGACCAACCUGCAGAGAGAGAAAUGGCUCGUCUCAGAAAAUGCAGUCACCACAUCACCUGUGUAUUUAUGUAAAUCUUUGCCAUGUAUAUAAUUUUGUAAAAACACUGAGAAAUUAUACUAACUUAUUUAUGUCAGUUUUUUUUAAUGUAGAGUUUUAAAAAAUGGGUUUUUGAUUAUGGUUAUCCAAAGUGGCAUUUACAUUAUAAUUUUUUAUUUUGUAAAAGCAUUUUUUUGUAGGUUUUUUCUUUUUUUAUAAGGUUGCAAACUGAGCCUGAUAAAAAACAUUUGAUGUGCAUUUUGUAAUGUGUGGUUAUAAAAUGUGUUGCAAUCAAACAGAAAAUUAAAUAUAAUUUGUGAC